CCCACAUACUCAAUCAAUAAAAUUUAGUAGAAAAUAUCAAAUUUUAUAGGCAAAUUCUAAAAUAGCAAUUCGAGAUUAGAUAUGAGCUCCAGUACUGUACCUGUAUCCAUUUCAUCGGAAGAUGAUCGAUGGAUUAGCAUUCAUAAACGAUUUUUAUCAGAAUGUCGAGAAAAAGAUGCUGAGGUUAUAUUCAUCGGAGAUUGUAUCUUGGAAACGCUGCAGCAUACGCAAACAUGGAACCAGUACUUUGCACCGAUGCAUUCGUUAAAUUUUAGCAUUUAUUCGGAUGAAACACAAAAUACGCUGUGGCGUAUUCAAAACGGUGCACUUGAUAGUGUCAAACCAAAAGUAGUUGUCUUAUUGGUUGGGACAAACAACACCCAACAUACCGCUGAGGAAGUAGCUGAGGGGAUACUUGAAAUUGUCAAAAAUAUCCGAGAGAAACUCCCAGACGCCUACAUUGUUUUACCGACCUUAUUACCUCGUGGCCAGCAGCCGAACAAACUGCGUGAAAAGAAUAAGCAGGUGAACAAGUUGAUUGCAGAGAAGUUUUCAACUAAUCGAAAAGACAAAGUGCAAACGGUACAAAUCGAUAAGGGUCUUGUGCAGGCCGACGGAAUGAUCAGUCAUCAUGACAUGUUUGACUAUUUGAAUCUAACGAAUGCCGGCUAUAAAAAAGUCUUUGAACCCAUUUUCGAUUUGCUAUCUCAAAUUUUGACUGAGAAUGAACCGGAGAAAGAUCUCACUCCUUCUGAGUAAAAGAGCAAACAAGCAAAUAAUUGCGAUUUCUUUGAUGCGAAGACUAGCUUUUAUUUCCAUUUUUAAAAUGAUUAUUCGUGCAGGUCUUAUCGCUUGUGAAGAAAAAAACAAAAAUAGUUCCAUUCAGUUGUCACCACAUUGUGCAAAGAAGAAAAAGAGCAAACCUGAAAAAAAAACUAAAAGCAAAAAAGGCAUUCCAAGCUUCGUGAUUAGGAAAUUAAGUGUCUAUUUAUUUUUUUACGUUUAAAAUGAUCUUUAUUUUCAUUAUUAUUGCUUACUUUAAGUUAACAUUUUAAUCAUUCCAACCGGAUUGAAAUCCUUUUGCAAAAUAGCUUGAAACUUCGAUAGAAGGAGAUUGUUGAUGAUCUUCCUAAUUUGUAGGCUAAUGAAAUUCAAUUAAACAAUAAUUAAGAGUGUGAUUUUUUUCCUCUGAUACCUAUGAGAUUUUCAUGUUUUUUUUGUUAGUUUUUAGUUAUGUUGAUUUAAAAAAAACGAAACUCUUUACAUCUCAUUAUUGAAAUUCAAAAACCAAAAUAUUUCGCAAAGAAAAAUACGCAGAGUUGAAAACGACAGCAAAGCUAACGCGUAAUAAGGCACCAAUGUUAGAAUUAAGUCAAUACCACGAAGCAAGCUUUCUUUAUUUUCUGUUCUCAAUUUCACCAAGCUUCGCAUUAUUGAAUAAAAUUAUACAUUCCCAUAUAGAUAUGGUUAAAUUAUAA